CAUAUUCGCUCUUUGCACCUCCAGGUAGUUCUAGUUUGAGAAGGUCAACUGAAUCCUCAAAGAAAGACUGCAACGACAAAUUUAGGAGAAAAGCCAUGGAUGACAAUAAUCGGGGAAGCUUUAGAAACAAGUGGCCGGCGGAGCAGCCAACUGUGGCUUCAGCCUCCAGGACUGCACUCGCUAUCCCGUCCACAGAAAUCCUUGCCCGAACUGAAAGGAAUGGCUUUGCUUCAAAGGCAGCAGAGGCGAAUCUCCUCGCCCAGUUGCUCGAUCGCUCCCAUCUAAUAAUCUAUAAUAUCUCUCCUUCCUUGGUGCCUUGGUUGUGGUCCACUAUGGCAUGCCGCUGAGCCACUCCACGCGUAGUUUAAUGCCUCCUCGCGCUCCCCGUAAAGCGAAGUGUCAACUGCACUCUGCUUCCGGAGGGAGUUUCAACCAUGCACUCCAACCUUCUCCAAUUGUAAACUAUUCUUUGCUCUCUCCUCCCGGCUAGCGUUUCUCUUCUGCCUUUAUUUUAAGUUUGAAUCUGUCCAAUUGUGACCUUGGAAAAACUGAAGCAUUCGCAGUUACCAUUCUUGGGAGAUGAAUUUUUAGGCCGCUUUUGACUCGCCUUCUCUUUUCACUAUUUAUACCUCACUUCCCUUCCUCUGUUCCUUACCCACUGCAAAGCAGAAGAAGAGUUGACGGAGCCACAUGGACUGUGUAGAAGAUGUAGUCGAUCACAACAGCAGCAGCGGGAGCGAUCAGUUCCUCGCCUCGCCGCUCGUCAAGCGCAAGAGGACGAAGCGGCAGAGGCCGCCCGCCACCGCCGUCGGCCCUGCCUCGUCCAUCUCGUCGGCGGAGCUUUCCAGCAGCACGGCCGUCACGGAGGAGGAUGAGGACAUGGCCAAUUGCCUCAUCCUUCUCGCUCAGGGACGUGCGGUGCAGAUUUCCGACGAGCCUAAGGAAGCCACGAUCGAUGCCAAGGGCAGCAGAGCCGAGGCCUACAAGUGCAAGACGUGCAACAAGUGUUUCCCCUCCUUCCAAGCUCUCGGAGGCCACCGCACCAGCCACAAGAAACCCAAGACGGCGGUCCUCCUCGACCGAGCCAAUAUCCCUGGCGCCGCACAGACAGAGGUUUUCCAGAUGACUGCCGGUUCUAUGACGGCGAGGCCGGUCGCGACGACAUCGAGCAACGACGACGGAACCGGGAACAACAAGCCGAGAGUGCACGAGUGCUCCAUAUGUAGAGCGGAGUUCUCAUCAGGACAGGCUCUCGGCGGCCACAUGCGGCGGCACCGCCCGCUGACUGCGCCGGCAGAUCCGAAGGAAAUAAAAAAAGACAGGAACGUCUUCUCCCUAGAUCUCAAUCUCCCCGCGCCGGCAGAAGACGACUGCGAGGCCGAGACGGCAAAGUCAUCAACGACGGCUUUCCCCUUCGAAAGCCGGCGACCGCUUGUCUUCUCGGCCUCGUCCCUGGUGGACUGUCAUUACUAAGCAAGCAGCACUUGUCAUGCAGCCAUUUCUCUUGUUAAAUUUACAGGAACCUUGUGAAUUAUGCAUACCCACAUAACACAAGUGAUUCUUUACAUUCUUUCAUGUUUUUUUUUUAAAAAAAAAUAUAUGUUUCAACACAAAUUGAGAAUG